AUGACAACGCAUCCCGCCCCAAGCAGCCCAGCAGACAGCAACAGCACCCUAACGUUGGCUGCCGCUGUGCAGGGCGUGGCAAGCACCGGCAUGGGGAUUGAGUGCACGAAUGCAGUUGUGGUGACGGAGACCUGGCUGAACGGAGAUGUGGAGCCAUCGUUCGGCAAAAUAGGUGGCUACACUCACUGGGCCAGGAGAGACCGACAGGAUAGAGCUGGAGGCGGAGUGGCUGUCUGCUUCAGGGAGGGAGUGCAGGCACAACAACUCGACGUGGACACGCCGCCUCAGCUGGAGGUGAUGUUCUUCCGGGGGCCUGACUCGCUCCUGUACCUCAAGGAGGCCCUAGAUGUCCUCCUUGUGACUCACCGCUGCCAACACUUUUUGCUUGUGGGCGACCUCAACCACCACCUGGAGCACGACGCCUACGAAAACCUCCUGACGGUGCAGGGCCUGAAGGACCAUGUGACCUUCCCCACUCAUGAGCGGGGCGGGACCCUGGACCCCGUCAUAUCCGACCUGGAGGAGGACACACUCAGCUGCCACCAGCUGGGUCUCGUGGGCAGCUCUGACCACCAUGCUGUCCUGACCCAGGUGGACAUGGGUGUGGCUCGUGACGAGGCCACCACUCGCACAGUCUGGCUAUGGGAUAGGGCAGACUGGGGCUCCCUUCGCCGAGACUUGCGCAGGACUGACUGGCCUUCCAUCCUGCAGGGUGGAGCGGAGGUACAGGCGCGAGCCUUCACUUCCCGCCUCUUGGCGCUCCAGGAGCAACACGUGCCCCACCGUGAGUUCGUCGCCAGACCAACGGACCAGCCUUGGUUUGGUUACCGCUGCCGCGUUGCCGCCGAGGCGAAGUAUUCUGCGUGGCUCCGCUACAAGCAGAGUCCUACUCGGCGCAACAAAGACCUACAUCGUGCGGCCUGCAAGAGGAUGGUGACGACCUGCCGGUGGGCCGUAGGGAGGUGGGAGGAGGACCUGCGGCGCCAGCUAGGAGGCCCUGGAGUGGGCAACAAGACUUGGUGGUCCCUUGUUAAGGGCAGACAGGGCCUCGACCGUCAAGACACUGUCCCUCCUCUCACAAGGCCCGACGGAACGGUGGCCACCAGCAGCAAGGACAAAGCCCAGCUGCUGGCCACCCUUUUCGCCGGGAAGAUGGAGGUGGACGACCCUGAAAGGUCACCGCCUCUUCUGGAGCAGCAGUGCAGAGAGACUGUAACCAAGGUGGAGGUGACACAGGGGCUUGUCGAGCGUCUGCUGCAGGGGCUCGAUGUACAAAAAGCUACCGGUCCCGACAACAUCAGCCCGCACGUUUUGAAACAAUGUGCCCGCGAGCUGGCUGUACCCCUCACCACAGUCUUCUCUGCCUGCUUAUGGGAAAAUACCUGGCCCUUAGUGUGGAAAGAGGCCCGGGUAGUUCCUGUACACAAGAGGAGCUCCAGGUCUGACCCAAAAAAUUAUUGA